GUGGGCUUCUGGGGCUUGGAGUAAUAAACGUUUACGCUUUGACCCUCUACGACACGAAGCUUGUUCGGUAAAAAACUACAUUUCCCAGACUUAGGAUUUAGGAACCAGACGUUCGGCUCAUCCUUGACGGGACUCACCGGAGUGGAAAUUAGCUUUCUGCUGCAUAUUGCUGACAAACACCGGACUAAUGAAAUCAUUAUUGCCCCGGUGAAAGUGAAGUUUUGGAUGUGACGACUGCUUCCACUUCACCCUUGUUGCGAUUCGGCAUGGCGCAGGAGGAGGACACACACAGCCUGGAGGCGAAAUUUGAUGCUGCAGUUAAAGUGAUCCAGAGUUUUCCUGAAGAAGGUCCUUUUCAGCCAUCUGAUGACAUGAUGCUGAUGUUCGAUGGUUACUACAAGCAGGCCACUUUGGGGCCUUGCAACGUUCCGAGACCCAAUGGCUUCUGGGACCCGAGUGGAAAGGCUAUAUGGGAAGCGUGGAGCUCUUUGGGAAGUAUGACAAAGAAGGAAGCCAUGGAGAAUUAUGUUGAGGACAUCCAGCGGAUUUUGGAAACCAUUCCGAUGUCCGACGAAGUGUCCGAUCUGGUAAAGAAGCUUGGCAACUUCUACGCAGAGUCAGACAGAGAAGAAGAUGAAGAUGAAGAGAAUGAGGUGGACAGGAGACCCUUCACCAGGCCUUUUGCAAACAAUGCAGAUGGGCUGAUAAAACAAUUUGUCAAGCCGACAAUGGAAGGCUACGGGGAUCUGUGGGACGAUGUUCAAAAUCUCGGAGAACAUGUCAGCAGUGUUGCAAGCGGCGAGGAGGCAGAGGGAAGCAAUGAAAAUAGUGAAUUUGAGAGAAAAGAGGAAAGUUGUGAUUGGGGGAAAAGUGAGGAAGAGGAGAACGGGGAUGAAGAAGACAACGCAUACGAUGAAGACAAGGAGGAGGAAGAGGAUGAGGAAGAAGAGUGGAGGCCUGAGCCGAGGCUGCUGAUGGUGGACAAGAGGGUGCGGUCUGAGACCAGGGGGUCCGGCAGCAGCAUAGAGCCCAGCAUGUACUCCUUCACCAACGGGACACACAGCUCACUCAACAGCGAGGUGGAGGAGGAGGAGCUGGCCUUUUGCAUGGAGCCCAGUGUCCAGUGUAACCCCAAUAUGCACUUUAAUGGACAUCUGAGUGGUCAUAUCGAUGCUUUUCCUGAAGUAAAACAUCGUUCAGACUCCGACAAUGAGGAAUUCUGUGACUCAAUAGAUCAUCUGGCCGUGGAAGAGGCGAUGUCCACAUCAAAGACACAUUCACCUGGAUCAGGAGCUGCCUCGGUGAGGCAAAGGGAUCUUUGGUUUGAGAGCAGCACUACCCUUAAGGGAGGAGAGGAUCAAGUACUCGUGGGAGCUUCUUACCUUCAAGAAGGGAUUAGUUCAAGCCAGCACAACAGCUCCGCGUCAAGUAGAGGGAGAGGUUCGCAGUCGACAAGGACCACCUGCAGCUCUCAUCGGUGUACCAGUGUCGAUGUCGCCCGUCGCGAUGCGUCGCAGAGCGGACAACCAACCGGCUCUGCCAGAGGAGACGUCAAUGAGCAAAUAGCCGCAGCUCUGCUGCGGCUGCAGCGUGACAUGGCGUCGGUGUUGCAGAGGCUGCGGGCGCUGGAGGAGCUUUCGGGGUCACAGUCAAGAUCCUCUUCACCAAGGCAGGAGGACUCCCUACCUGUUGCACAAAUGUUCCUGAGACCAUCUUGGUGGCCUUUUGACUUUUCUCCACUCACUGCCGUGUUGACCGCACUCUGGCCUCCGAUCGCCCAUUGGCUUGUGCAGCUUUAUUUACAGCGGAGGAGAAGGAAAAUCACCUGAAUCAUCUGUCAAACAUCAGCAUCAACCAAAGGACAUGAAGCUGGGAUGGAAUCGUUGCACAUUUGUUGCUCUGUGGCUUUCUCAAGCCCCUUCAGAGACAGAGUUUAAUGAGGCUCCAGUAGAGAUGGAGAGUUUACUUUAGAUAAAUGAAUGGUCAGAAAGGUGUGUAAGACUCUGCAAUAUAGUGUAGCAUCCAUACAAACAUGUGCAUUAUAAAUGCUUGCACAUUUUCUUUGUUAUAGUAUGCUUAGCAUUAGGUGGGGGUCUAAUUUAUGUCUCACUGACCCCCAGAAACUCUAUAUACCCAAAACUACAUCAACUAUUUAUUGAAAUGAAUUUAUCAUUAUGCAGUAGCUGUUAACUGUAAGUGGUUCCCCAUCGUUAUCAACAUAUUAUAUUAUUUAAUGUACAUUUCAUUGUUUAUUUCGGUUUACACAAUUUGUUAAUAAUAUUUGUUUCUGAUUAUGGAGGACUUUUGUAUUUAUUGUUGAAAACAUAGACAUGUGAGGUUAAUUUUCUUUCGGAGAUGGGGAGCAAUAUUAUAUUUAUAUCUCAAAGAAUGAACUUUAUGGCUUCUGUGCAAUAGUAUCAUAGAUGGAAAAUUAAGAAACGGUCUGGGGAUUUCAAAUAUGCAGUUAUUAAAUCUAACAAGGUGAAGCACACGGUGACAUCCAAUAAAUGCAUUAUUUGGACAAAUACA